ACUUACAGCUCAUUGCAAACUAGUAGCAAUUUCUGAGUCUCAGAGCCUUUCUCUGUCUGGUUCCUAAGCACAUAUGUCAAGGUCUGGCAGGCACAAGGUUAUCUUCUGAAUACUUGGAUCUUGCUUUUUUUGGAAGUGUUCCCUUGCAUUCUUAACGAAACAUGGACAUCACUGGCUUUCUGAAGUCUCAGUUCAUUUGUCACCUUCUUAUCUGUUAUAUAUUUAUAGUAUCUGGACUGAUAAUUAAUUUCAUUCAACUCUUCACGCUUAUACUCUGGCCAAUCAACAAGCAGCUCUUCAGGAGGAUCAAUUGCAGGCUGGCGUACUGCAUUUCGAGCCAGAUGGUGAUGUUGCUGGAAUGGUGGUCAGGCACUGACUGCACCCUCUACACUGACCCAGAAAGUUUCCACAAGUACGGGAAAGAAAAUGCCAUCGUCAUCCUUAAUCACAACUUUGAAAUCGACUUUCUCUGUGGUUGGAACUUUUGUGAGAGAUUUGGGGUUUUGGGGAGUGCCAAAGUGCUUGCGAAGAAGGAACUCUCGUACGUGCCUGUCAUUGGCUGGAUGUGGGAUUUCAGAGAGAUCGUUUUCUGCAAGCGUAAAUGGGAGGAGGAUCGGAAAACAGUCAUGCAGGGCUUGUUCAACCUCCGGGAUUACCCAGAAAACUUUUGGUUCUUGAUUCAUUGUGAAGGCACAAGGUUCACAGAGCAAAAACACCAAAUCAGCAUGCAAGUGGCUGAAGCCAAAGGGCUGCCCAAGCUCAAGUACCAUCUGCUACCACGGACAAAAGGAUUUGCUGUCACCGUGCAGUGUUUGAGAAAUGUAGUUUCAGCUGUAUAUGAUUCCACGCUCAAUUUUAGAAAUAAUGAGAAUCCAACUUUGCUGGGAGUUUUAAGUGGGAAGAAGUACCAUGCUGAUUUAUAUGUAAGACGGAUUCCAUUAGAAGAAAUCCCAGAAGAUGAACAGGAAUGUUCCAAUUGGCUCCACAAACUCUAUCAAGAAAAGGAUGCCAUUCAGGAAGAAUACUACAGAACAGGAAUCUAUCCAGAAACUCCCAUAGUGCCACCCCGGCGACCAUGGACUCUUUUGAACUGGCUUUUCUGGGCCUUGUUGCUGCUAUACCCUUUAUUCAAGCUGCUCAUCAACAUGGUCAGUAGUGGAUCAUCACUGACGCUGGCCAGCUUUGCAUUUGUCUUCAUUGUGGCUUCUGUUGGUGUCCGAUGGAUGAUUGGGGUGACAGAAAUCAACAAGGGCUCUACCUACGGCAACAACGACAACAAGCAGAAACACAAGUAAUAGCUCCAGAGACUGCUUCAAUCCAAAGGGAACAGAUGCAACUUCUGAAAACUUUAAAGUGCAUAUCAUGGUCCUUCAAGUGAGAGGAAGGCAGGAUGGGGUGAAUGGCUGCUGUAGUUACCUGAAUUUGUGCUCUUUAUUUCUACUUUUUUCCCCACUCUAGGGUUUUGACCUGGAAUUUCACAGUUGGUGAGACAUGCACUUGUUCCAGUCCCCUUUUCACACUGGGUUUGCGUGCGUCUAUUUUGGUUGGUUUCAUAUGACGUCUCUUGUAGGUUGAGGAAAAACAUACAUCUAGCGUGAGUACAGCAAAAGGCUCACCUAGGCAUUGGCUUGGGGGUGACAGCAGGCUCUUCUCAACCUGCUCUAAAGAUUGGCAAACUAGGUCAGAGGAGACUUCAUUGCCAGAAGAUUAAGAUGGAUGCCUGUUUACAGCUAGACUGUGCAUUCACAAUGUAAUAAUGUCACUGUUAAAUACAAAGUGAUGCUUCACUUGGUUACACUACAAUCUGACUGAAAUAACCCUGCUGGAGCAAAAGAGUUUCAAGAGUUCUUCUGUAUGUAUAAAGCCUUCAUAUGAGAUCCAUAGACCAAGCUUCUGCUGUGGGGCAAAGGAGGGAGGGAUGCAAGUGUGUAAGAGUCUGUCCCUGCUUUUCAGUUGCAUCGUAGGAAGUGGAAUUGGGCUUUGAGUAUAUCAAUGUUCUAAUGACCAGUUCUGGACUGGCCUAAGCCCACUGGCAUAAUGACUAGGACUAGGAGGAAGGCAUAGACUGAAUACUACUGAUACAGGAGAAACCACCUAGUUUCUAGCUUGGAAAAGACUUAUUAAUGCAUUGAGGCACUGCCUGCAGCAGUAGAAAAGGAAACUAACAGCAGGCACUGUAACAAAGCAACCAUAAGUGUGUGUUAAAAAAACAAAUAAAAACAUUGCCCACUCACCCCCACCCCAUUCUAUAUCUGUCUCUUCUGUUGCUUCUUUGGGAUAUACAUGACAUUUUCCAUUUGGCCUUGUAAGGUGAGGGGGAGGGCUUGGUUUCAGCUCCCUGCAAAAUUCAGCUCCCAGAACAUAGCUUCCAAAAGCUCUCACUUUAUGCAUUGUACACUUUGUUACAGUACCUCUGGGCUAUGUAAGCAGCAAACCAUAUUUAACUUUCUGGUCUACAUUGUUUUGGGGUUUUUUUACAUGCUUAUUUUCUCUAAGCAUGCUUGGUAAUACAAGAUCUAGUGUGAAUGGUUGUAGCUCCGUGGAGGUCUGUCGCAUCAGAUCUCAGUUUGACUCAACACGUUCCCAAUGAGUUUUGCACCCAGAGGAUAUAGACCUCCUAACUGGGUAACAAUUCUGGAGCUGUACAACUGCAUGUGCAUUCAAGACUCUGGGACUGCACUUUGCAGGAGCAUCACAUUUUGAGAGGAUACCAUCCUCUCUACCCUUACCAAAAUAGUCUAGCGUCCUUUUGCACAGCUGUUCUAUUUUAAGAAAGGGAAAAUAACUGAAAAUGUGCAGUUUUUGCAUCUUUAUAAUAUCUCAGUAUAAAAGAAGCAUAUGCUGCAAAUCCUUGAGAAAACAAGACAACAGUGAAUGACGUGUUCUAACAAACAAAGAGUAGCUAGUGGUAAAUUGCUGCAGAUGUAUCAGACGGGGUUUGCAAAGGGUAAAAUACCUUUUACGAUGAAAAAAUAUUCCACCAAAAAGGUAAGUUAGAAAAAACAAAAAUAGCAAAACAGUGCAGUAUGUGCCAUGAACUAGGCAUCUGCUGUUCAGUAUCUCCUAACACCUCACUGAUGAAGAACCACUGGAGUGCUGCCAUCUCCCUAAUAUUAGGUGGCAGUUUAUGAAGCAUGAAGGGAGGAACAUGACUGAGUGACUGGUGCCAAUCUUACUCUCACUGAUGCUGGCUUGAAAUUGAUAAAGCAUCAGAUGAUAUGAUCCUUAAUGGGAAAGGGUAGGGCCUAAUUGCAUGUCCACCAAAAUAAGUAAGUGUGUGCAGACUGCAACUGCAGCCCUCAUUGUUUUAUUCAACCGAAUCAUUCUUCUGUUGAUACUCUACUUUUGCCUGAGCUUAGUACUUUCAUAGGGGUGGAGGAAGAAGCCAGCUGCACUGUUGCUGUACUAGAAUAGCACAGUAACUUACUGCUAGACAAUCAGCUGUGCUGCAGGGUCACAGACAACAUAUUUCUGACAACAGUAAGGACCAUUUAGCUCCCAGCAGCCAGCCAGCCAGUGUGUGUAACACAGCCUGUCUACAUCAUUUUGAAAACAGAGUCCCUAGGGGAGAGUAAAAGGCUGUUCAUGCCACCUCAUCAGAGUAAAUAAAACAGCCAAUGAAGCCUUGUUGCAGAUCGAACACUAAGACUAUCUUAAGUCUGCUUCACACCAUAGGAAUAUGCUACUCAUAGCUGAACAGCAACUGCAUUAGUUAAGAGGUACUCUGCCCAGUAUUUCAUCUUUUAAAGGGCCACUAGGGUGUUGAUUAAAAAAUGCUUAACCCUCGAGUCUUAGAUUUGUUUCUUCUCAGUGCGUGCAGUGCCCCCUGCGACCAGUAAUGCAUGUCAGUGAAAGUGUGGCUUGUUUCCUCUGGGACAGACAUUUGGUAAUGACAUGGGCUCAAAUAUUUCAGUCCAGAUCCUUCCUUCCAUGCCCUUCAACAAGCCCUACUGAGUUACGUGGGAGGCCUGGAUUACACCAUCAGAUGCACAGCAGCCUGGGCCAGCAACGUAUGACCUAUGGACUACAGCUAGUCCAUGGAACUGCAGGGUUUGGCCUGUGUCUGCACCCAUGCUGGAAAUGAGCAGCUGCCCUGGAGCUGGAAGCUGUGCCUAUGCUACUGCCACUUCCCUCCACCCCAAACUUCCCCCAAGGCUGCAGCCUGGGCACAGCUUCCAGCUGCAGGGACAGGGAGAAAUAGGAGCAGCAUGGAAACAGCUUCCAGUUCCCUGGCCCCAGCUAGUUACCUUCUGCCUACGAGCUGUGCUUGCACUGGGCACAGCUCCCAGCUCUGAGACACUGGCAGGGACACAGGUAAAGCCCUCUCCCUGCCCUCCCUCCCCCCCUGCCUCUGUGUUGCUGAAGCCAACUGGCCCACUGUUGUAAAAGUUGCUGGUCUGACUAAGCAAUUCUCCUGCCACUGCUUUUUAACACCUGGUUGGUGCCUUUUGCUGGGUUAGCUGUAAUGCACCGUUCUGCCUAUUAAGAAGAAAAGGAGAAAAAAGGGUAUUUGCCAAACUGAAAAAGAAUAAAACUGUUCUGGUUUUAUUGUGUUAAGAGAAUUAGUGUCUUGUUAGGCCUCAGUGUUUGCCCUCCCCCUGACCCCAAGAAACUCUAUGUUUUACAACUGCCUUAACAAAAGUAGUCUUAAGUUGUUUAUACAAAAUAAAACUUAAAAGCUGAAGUACAACCCAUGUGGGUCUUUUGUCAGUAGUAUAUUCAAUCAGUCUCCAAACAGUUGAUGCUCAGGCUCAGAACAAAGUGAGUUCAUAUGCUCUUAACAUUCCUGUCAGGGAGGUAACCAUUUUACAGAUGGGAA